CGGUAGCACGCUAGAGUGUGACACGCAACGCUCAAGAUCAAAAACUGAACGAAAUGAAAUUAAACGGACGGACAUCACCGCCGCCGAUCGUUUGUCCUGAAAACAUUCCCGUAUAGUGAAAAAGGACCGCGUUUCAUUCAUGAAACAUGUCUGCAUUGUCAGGCAACAAAGAAGCGGUGCCUGCAGCUCACAGCUUGUUGUUAGAGCUGAGGGAGAUCUGACAGGAUUUAGUUGCGUUCAGACGGAGAAAACCGGCCGAGCAUGGCUUCGGUGAACUGCUUCGCUGGUCCCGAGGAGCUCGAGGACACGAAUCACGCUUUAAGUUUGAUGAGAGAGAUGAAAUUAUUCUACGACUCGCAGCUGUUAGUCGACGUGACUAUCGAAGUGGAGCUAGAUCCGGAUCAAAGUGUGUCCUCAGGCUCCUCAGGAAAAGUUUUCCAGUGCAACCGAAAUAUCCUGGCAGCAGCGAGCCCUUAUUUCAAGAGCAUGUUUACAGGAGGACUGUACGAGAGCACUCAGAGAAGCGUGACCAUUCAUGAUGUGGACGCCCAUUCAAUGGCGGUCAUCAUCGAUUACUGCUACACUGGCAAAGUGACCAUCACUGAAGGCAACGUGCAGAGGCUUUACGCCGCUGCCAACAUGCUGCAGCUGGAGUAUAUCCGGCAAGAGUGUGCAAACUUCAUGACAAGAAGGCUGGACCUUUCUAACUGUGCAGGGAUUCUGAAGUUCGCCGACACCUUUGACAAUCUGGAGCUGAAGAGCAAGGCUCAGGCGUUCAUCGCGAAGAACUUCGUCGAGCUCGGAGCCAGCGCGCGAGAGCUCUGUGAGCUGGACCUGAAGCAAAUUAAGGAGAUCCUCACGCUGGAUUCUCUGGAUGUGGACUGCGAACGCAAAGUGUGUUCGUUUGCAAUACAGUGGAUUGAGAAUAUCCCGCAUGCGGACGCUGAAGAUGCGCUGCAGGUCCUUAGAUGCGUGCGAUGGUCUUUGUUUUCGGAGAAAGACAGGGUUUAUCUAGAUAGCCUUAAAUCAAAGCCUUUUAUAAUGAAGUAUCUUUCGAACAUCCUCGACGGUGAGCCGAGCGCUACGAUUUCAAAGAACAUACAUGCUGCCAAACAAAGAAUCGGAAAGAGUGCAAAAGAAAUGGUGCUUUUCUUCGGACGGCCAAAUGAGCCGUUCAUGUGCUAUGAUCCCUAUACGGACGACAUCUAUUCUAUGGCGUCCCCGAUUAUUAACCUCACCAAUCAGACCUUCAAACGCUCUCCUAUGGAGACGUUUUUGGUCUGCGCCACGCCAGAGAAUGAUCUGUAUCUCGCCUCACACCUGUCCAAGCACUUCUGGGUCUACGAUCCCCUGUUGAAUUGUUGGCAGGAGCUUGCGGAAAGACUUCUGGGAAGAGUUCACUCGUACAUGGGCUACCUCAGCGGGCACCUGUACAUCCUGGGAGGCAGAGAUCCAGUAUCGGACGCCAGGAUCAAGGAGGUAGAAUGCUACAGCAUUCAGAGGAACCAAUGGGGUUUUGUGGCACCCUUGCCGCAUUCUUUGGGAAAGAUGCAGGUUGUGACGAUAAACGAGAGACUUUAUGUGGUGAACAAGAGGAGGAUGCUUAGCUACGAGCCGAAGAAAAACCUCUGGCUCCAGCGGGGCUCUCUGAAACGGAGUAAACUCCAAAAAGCUUGUGUUUUUCAGGAGCAGAUUAUAUGUUUGUGCGAUAUCCCCGUAGUUAAAGCAUAUAACCCAGUUCGUGGAGAAUGGAGGCGGAUUGGAGACAUUCCCAUUGACAGCAGCGCUCUUAACUACCAAGUGGUGCAACACAACAGCAAGCUGCUUCUUUUAACUAUUGCAAUAGUUCAUCACAGCAAAAACAGGCUUGUUAUACAUGAAUACGAUCCCACUCGAGACUCAUGGAAAAACGUGGCCACCAUGUUUGGAUCGUCCUUCGGAUCCGUAAGCCUCUCCACCCGGGUCUAUACCGCGUGCAUGGGGUCCGGUCAGAAUUUCAUCUCGGAGGAGGAUGACGACAGCGGCUCCAGCGCUGACUGGGACUUCGAUGGAUUGACUGACGCAGACUCGGACUCCGGCAGCUCAAGCUCAUUUUCAGAUGAAAAUUGGUAGUCGAUGCAGUUAUAAAGUGUAUGGCAAGCUGUUUUAGCUUAAAAUAUUCCCAGUGUUACUCGUCAUAAUUGCAUUUUUACUAGUAUUAAAGAGCUCUACAAUUAAGUUCUUACUAGUAACAAUUCCAAUUAGAGAGCUCUACAAAUUAUUUUUUUACUAGUCAUAUGUCUCCACUGACUUCCAUUCAUUUUUAAUUACAGAGCUCUACAACUGAAUUUUUAUUAGUAACAAUUAUGAUUAGAGAGCUCUCUAAUUUAAUUCUUACUAGUAAAAAGGCAAUUACAGAGCUCUAUAAUUAAAUGUUUACUUGUAAAAAACAAUAUUAAAGAUAUGUUUAAUUGCAGAGCUCUGUAAUUGAAUCAGAGUUGUCUAAUUCAGUUAUUACUAGUAAGAAUUAAAUUAGAGCUCUCUGAAUUAAAGAGCUCUCUAAUUCAGUUGUUACUAGUAAAAAUUGCAUUAAAGAGCUCUCUAAUUGUAAAUCUUACUAGUAAAAAUUGAAUUGUAGAACUCUGUAAUUGAAUUCUUAUAAAUGUUACUAGUAAGAAUAGAAUUAGAAAGCUCUGUAAUCAUAAAUGUUACUAGUAAGAAUAGAAUUACAGAACUCUCUAAUCAUAAAUGUUACUAGUAAGAAUAGAAUUAGAGAGCUCUAUAAUUCAGAUCUUACUAGUGAAAAUGCAAUUACGAAGAUUAACUCUGGGAAUAAUUUAAGAUAAAAUGGCUUGCCAUAAAAGAGCCAAAUGUGAAUGUGCUGCAAAGUAUUUUGAGGUAUAGGUGUUGAAAGUAUUAGCCUGUUUCGAUGUGGCUCAUGCCGCAGCAACCAGGGUAAAACCUACUUGACAUUCAUGCUGUUAUGAGUAUUAUUAAACAAAUGCUUACCUUUAUGAUA